UCACGAUUAAAAACAAGUCUUUUGAACAAUACUUCGAACACAAGCUAAUUAAUCACUUUCGCUUCGAUCUCUCACGCAUCAUUAGAUAAGCAUAUCCUAUUCCUGUUAUGGCAGUAGAAGUUCCAGCAAAUGACGAGGAGUGGCGUGCGCUUCUGUCUCCCGAGCAGUUUAGGGUUCUUAGACAAAGAGGCACAGAUAAACGAGGCAAAGGAGAGUUUGUGAAAAAGUUUGACGAAGGGACUUAUAGUUGUGCUGGUUGUGGAUCUGCUCUUUACAAAUCAACCACUAAGUUCGACUCUGGUUGCGGCUGGCCUGCGUUCUUCGACGCCAUCCCUGGUGCUAUUAAACAAACUCCAGAAGGCAUGGGUGGAAGAAGAAUGGAGAUAACAUGUGUUGUGUGCGAUGGACAUCUUGGCCAUGUUUUCAAAGGUGAAGGCUACGCUACUCCUACCGACCAACGUCACUGCGUUAACAGUGUCUCUCUCAAAUUUUCUUCUGCUGCUGAUUCCUCCAAAUAAUUAUUCUAUGAUGUGUGUGAGCUUAAUUGCAAAAGCUUUUUGAUCAUGAGAUAUUAUGAUCCCUGUAUGUGUGUGUUUUUUUCUCUACUCUCCAAUAAAAACAUAUAACUCUUUGUUCAA